AUGUUGGCUAUUUUAACAGGAUACCUGCGUCAGGACGCCUGCACGGAUUACCUUCGUGCCGAAGGGCAGUACCUAUCGGGUGCCGGAUGA